AUGUUCUGGGACCGCUAUGGAAUCAGGUGUGGGAAUAGUGCCCGGACCAUCCAGCUCAUCCAGAACCACGUCAUGGAUGAGCAUGACCCCAGCAUGGAAGACUCCAAUCAGAAGCGAGUGGUUAUGGGUGGUGAGAUGCGCCUGCUGGACGUUCUGGACAUGGCGGGCCAGGAGGAAAAUAGCGCCCUGCGGGACCAGUACGUGCCCACUGGACAAGGCUUCCUGUGUGUGUUUGCCAUCACCACCACCACGUCCUUGGAGGACAUCCACCAGUACCGGGAGCAGAUCAAGGGAGUGAAGGACUCCAGUGAGGGGUCUGGCUCCAGGUCUGGGACUCUCCGGGACUCUCUGGGACACUCCAGGAUCCCCGUGACCCAGCGGCCCACGCAUUGGCUUGAGGCUGCCUUCCAGACGCUGGUGCGAGAGAUCCAGGAGCACAAGGUGGGAAGGCUGAGCUCACCCGAGGAGGGUGGCCCGGGCUGCAGGGGCUCCAAGUCCCUGCUCCCCGUGAUGUCCCUUCCAGGCCCCCUCUGA